CGCUCUGUCUGUCACGCGCGCGCCGCCUGCCUCUCCUCUCCCCCUCGCCCCCUCCACUCUCCUCCAAGUCCCGGCGCGCGCCCCUGGUUUACCGGUCGCGAGGAGGAGGAUGUGGCGCGCGGAGGGGAAAUGGCUGCCGAAAACAAGCCGGAAGAUGAUCAUGGAAACAGCAACGGCAGCCAUGUAAAGAUCUUCUUACCGAAGAAGCUGCUCGAAUGUCUACCGAAAUGUUCAAGUUUACCAAAAGAAAGGCAUCGCUGGAACACUAACGAGGAAAUUGCAGCUUAUUUAAUAACAUUUGAGAAGCAUGAAGAAUGGCUCACAACUUCCCCUAAAACACGGCCACAGAAUGGUUCCAUGAUCUUAUAUAAUCGAAAGAAGGUGAAAUACCGGAAGGAUGGAUAUUGCUGGAAGAAGAGGAAAGAUGGAAAAACUACGAGAGAAGAUCAUAUGAAGCUCAAGGUCCAGGGAGUGGAGUGUCUCUACGGCUGCUACGUUCACUCCUCAAUUAUCCCAACUUUUCACCGGCGGUGCUACUGGCUUCUUCAGAAUCCUGACAUUGUACUCGUACACUACUUGAAUGUUCCUGCCAUAGAGGAUUGCGGGAAGCCUUGCGGUCCCAUUCUAUGCUCUAUAAACACAGACAAGAAGGAGUGGGCGAAAUGGACAAAGGAUGAGCUGAUAGGCCAGCUUAGACCUAUGUUUCAUGGUAUUAAAUGGACAUGCAGCAAUGGGAACAGCAGUGGAGGGUUUUCAGUGGAGCACCUUGUUCAGCAGAUACUCGACAGUCAUCAGACCAAACCGCAGCCUCGGACGCACAACUGUCUCUGCACUGGCAACUUAGGUGCAGGUAGCAGUGUGCACCAUAAAUGUAACAGUGCCAAACAUCGCAUCAUCUCACCAAAGGUCGAGCCAAGGACGGGCAGCUACAGCGCUCACUCAGAAGUCCAAAACAAUGAUGUUUCUGAAGGCAAGAACGAGCACAGUCAUGGAAAGUCAAGCCGGGAGAAAAGAAAUGGGAAAAUGGCAAAACCAGUGCUGCUACAUCAAAACAGCACUGAGGUUUCUUCUACGAACCAAGUGGAAGUUCCUGACACCACCCAGAGCUCUCCUGUGUCAAUCAGCAGUGGUCUAAACAGCGAUCCAGACAUGGCUGACAGCCCUGCCGUUACUGGUGUUUCUAGCAUGGCUGUCGCGUCUGUCAUGGGGAGCCUCUCCCAAAGUGCCACUGUGUUCAUGUCUGAUGUUACCAAUGAGGCAGUAUACACAAUGUCACCUAACGCCGGUCCCAACCAACAUCUUUUAUCCUCAGAUACAACUACCCAGGGACUUGUACUGGCUGUAAGUUCAGAUGGUCACAAGUUUGCCUUCCCAACAACAGGAAACUCAGAUAGCUUAUCGAUGUUGUCUGCCAAUGUCUCGGAAGAGCUUGUGCUUUCAACCACCCUCGAUAGCAGUAGGAAGAUACCUGAAACCACUAUGAACUUUGACCCAGACUGUUUCCUCAACAACCCCAAGCAAGGACAAACCUACGGUGGAAGUGGUCUCAAAGAAGACAAUAUUAGCAGUAACUUGAGAAGAUCAUCUAGUACAGAUCGUAGUUUUGGAUUCAAUGCAGCUUUGGUAAAAGAGAUAAAAACAGAAGACACAACCUUUGAGCAACAGCUGUCAAAAGAAAGUUAUCCAUCCACCUCAUCAAACACAUUGACCCUCACUCCUGGUUCUAGUUUACUUCCUUCUGGAGGGGGUCUCAGCCCAAGCACUACUCUGGAACAGAUGGACUUCAGCGCUAUCGAUUCGAACAAGGAUUAUUCAACCGGCUAUAAUCAGUCGGUACAGAGCCCCCAUGUGCAUCAGACACCUUCCCCGAGCUUCUUUCUACAAGACGCCAGCAAACCUAUUCCUCUAGAGCAAAACUCCCACAACAAUCUGAAUGACUCAAACAACACUUAUGUCAACACGCUGGGAAUUCCUAAUGUUAAAACAGAAGGAUCUUCCCAGCCAACAAAUAACUGCAACGGUACAAUGGACCAAGGUAGGAUAGAAUCAACAUCUUCUCUUCAGCUGAUGCAAUUCCAAGCAAAUUUCCAGGCAAUGGCUACUGAAGAAGUUCCUAUGGAAACAUCCCAGCAGGCAGAAGGAAACGACAACUUACUUAAGCCUGGAGAUCUCCAAGCCUGUAACGCAGAACACUAUAUGCAACCUGAAAAUGGUGCAGGGAUGAGGAAUGGUGCCCUCCCCAUACUCCAGGGAAAUAUGGUACAAGGCCUCUACCCUGUUGCUCAUCAGGCCCUAAGUAACUCUUCCAACAUGGAGCUGAACCUAGAUCAUUUUGAUAUCUCCUUCAGCAACCAGUUUUCUGACCUAAUAAAUGAUUUCAUAUCAGUAGAAGGUGGAAGUAAUACAAUUUAUGGACAUCAGCUGGUGGCGGGAGACAAUAAUGUCAUGCCUCAGGCAGAAGAUGCCAGUAGACCCCCAUAUACUCAGGCAGAAAUGUGCAUACCAUGCUGUAGCCCGCAACAAGCAAGUAUGCAGCUCAGCAAUUCUGAAACGGGGGCAACUACCAUGGCCUACAUGCAUGUGGCGGAAGUUGUAUCAGCAGCAGCGCAAACCACUCUGGGAAUGCUGCAACAGAGCGGACGUUUGUUCAUGGUGACGGAUUACUCCCCGGAAUGGUCGUAUCCCGAGGGAGGCGUUAAGGUCUUAAUUACGGGGCCAUGGCAGGAAGCCAGCAGUAACUAUAGCUGUCUGUUUGAUCAGAUAUCAGUGCCUGCAUCUUUAAUACAGCCGGGUGUUCUGCGCUGCUACUGUCCAGCUCAUGACACGGGCUUGGUCACACUUCAAGUUGCCGUCAACAACCAGAUCAUCUCCAACUCUGUUGUCUUUGAGUACAAAGCGAGGGCCCUUCCAACACUGCCAUCUUCCCAACACGACUGGCUCUCUUUAGAUGAUAACCAGUUUAGAAUGUCGAUCCUGGAACGCCUGGAGCAGAUGGAAAGGAGAAUGGCCGAGAUGACAGGUUCUCUGCAGCAUAAGCAAAGUGUAGGAGGAGGCAACGGCGGCGGGGCCAACAGCAGUGGAAACCAAGCACAAUGUGCCGCUGGACCCGGCUCGAUAGGAAGCUGCUUUGAAAGCCGCGUGGUGGUCGUAUGUGAAAAGAUGAUGAGCAGGGCUUGCUGGGCGAAAUCCAAGCACCUCAUCCACUCAAAGACCUUCCGAGGGAUGACUCUGCUGCACCUGGCUGCGGCACAGGGAUAUGCAACACUUAUACAGACCCUCAUCAAAUGGAGAACAAAACACGCUGACAGUAUUGAUCUGGAAUUAGAAGUGGACCCUUUGAACGUUGACCAUUUCUCGUGUACUCCUCUGAUGUGGGCUUGUGCCCUGGGCCACACCGAAGCGGCAGUAGCGCUGUACAAGUGGGACAGGCGGGCUAUCUCUAUCCCCGAUUCUCUUGGUAGGCUUCCUCUGUCCAUUGCACGUUCUCGGGGUCACGUGAAGCUGGCUGAGUGUCUGGAGCAGCUGCAGAGAGAGGAGCAGACGCAGAUGGGGCAUUCAGCCAGAAUGCAGUGUUCUUCCAGCGGAGAGACCAACGCGGACAGUUGGUUAACUCAGUGGCACAGUGAAACGAUGAGCCCACAAGAACCCCAGAAAGGAGUGACGAUUAUUUCUAACGCUAAUGCAGAAUUAAGGAGACCACGAUCUGAACCCUCGAAUUACUACAGCAGCGAAAAUCCAAAAGAUUACCCGGCUCCCAAAAAACACAAAUUGAACCCCGAAUAUCUCCAGGUUAGACAGGAGAAGGUCAUUUCUCCGGCCCUAAGUUUAGAGCUGCCGUCCUCUAGGAAGCAAAGCUCGGUCUCAAAACAGCCGCUUCCCGAAACUCUGUCCCACAACGAGGAACUGCGAGGCUUCAAUAGAGAGAUCCCACCACACGCGCCAGACACUUCUGCGUACAGAGGACCCUCUGGAGUGAAAUGGAGCCCAAAAGAGCUUUACCUCGGAGUGUCUGCCGUGCAGCUUACGGGAGCGACAAAAGCUUCCGGCUUGGGGAAGGACAUUGCUGCUCAUCGGCUACAUCAAAGAGAACAGAUGAACGUGUUAAUGAUGGCGGAGAGAGAAAUAGUAGACACGGAACUCUUGUCCUACAGAGAAAACAUGGAGAAUGAGGAUUGCUUACAGCAUAUGGAUGAUCUACAGGUGAACAUAAUGAAUCUGGCAGAGCAAAUUAUCGAGGCCACACCUGAUAGGAUCAAGCAGGAGAAUUUUGUACCCAUGGAGACCCCGCUGGAAGAGAGGGCAGAUACGACGGGAUUUAGCACCACCAUGAGCUGGCUGGCCAGUUAUCUUGCUGAUGUUGAUCGCUUACCUAGUGCUGCACAAAUAAGGUCUCGCUACAGUGAACCAUUGACUCCUUCCUCAAAUACCAGCCUAAGUCCUGCCUGUUCCCCUAUCAGCGAAACAACAUUUGAAAAGCCCAGUCUGCCGUCAGCUGCCGAUUGGUCGGAAUUUCUCAGUGCAUCCACCAAUGAGAAAGUUGAGAACGAGUUUGCCCAGCUGACGCUGUCAGAUCACGAGCAGAGAGAGUUGUACGAAGCGGCGAAGCUAGUCCAGACAGUAUUCAGAAAAUACAAGGGUCGUCCACUGAGGGAACAGCAGGAGGUGGCUGCAGCUGUCAUCCAACGUUGUUACAGAAAGUACAAACAGCUGACGUGGAUUGCCUUGAAGUAUGCACUUUAUAAAAAAAUGACACAAGCUGCGAUCCUCAUCCAGAGCAAAUUCCGAAGUUAUUAUGAGCAGAAGAAAUUCCAGCAAAGCCGGCGCGCGGCGGUCCUGAUCCAGCAGUACUACCGAAGUUAUAAAGAAUGUGGGAAAAUAAAGCAAAAGCGCCGGACAGCCUCCCUAGUGCAACAGAAACUUAGAAGCAGUCUCCUUACAAAGAAGCAGGACCAAGCUGCUCGGAAGAUUAUGAGGUUUUUACGUCGCUGCCGCCACAGCCCUCUGGUGGACCGUAGACUGUACAAAAGGGGUCUGAAUGUUUAUGGAGCAAACAUGUGUGUGUUAAAUUGCAGAAAGAAUGCUCAGAGGUGUCUUCCUUACUGGGCAUUUUUGUCAUUAUUACUUUGCAUUCCUAAUGAGAUUUCUGGAAAAUGGCAAGAUAUCAAAUUUCCCAAAUUCCCCACCCAACAUUUCAGCUCUAAGAGCAACAGAGUGAAAGAAUUGAAAAAGGCCAAGGAACUUGAAGAUAUAAAACAACGUCCCUUAACAAUGUGACAGCGCUCUUCGGACUGUUCUCAUUUUCUGUAUUAGCAGAGACAUGCAACAAAAAAAAAUAGUUAAAAAAAAAUAAAAAAAAGAAACAAAUAAAAAAAAAAAACCACUGCAGUGUUCGAAAAAAUCGCCUGCAGGAUUUUAACAGUAAUCUUUUGGUCAUCGCAUUUGCACUUUCAUGGACAAAUUUUGCUUUGUUCAGCAAGACGUCUUGAAAUUUAAUCUUCGGUUGAAUCAUGGGAAAUAAACGGUGCCAUGGGGGACUGACGGAAAGGGACUCUGAUCUUUGGGUGGGAGUUGAGUGAUUCACAUAGGGCUGAAUUCUAACGUGUGGAACUGUACAAAUAUUAUACCAAAAAUUAUUGAGAAGGGGUGGAAAUGCACAAGCAACGAGUAAAUGCUGAACCCGGAGCCGACGCUCACAAGGAACAAAGCCCACGGAAAAAGAAACCUUCGUGAAAAUACCGAAUGGAUCGGAUCGCAUCCUGACUUCUAUCUUCUCACAUUCAGUUUUUCCCGUUGAAGAAGGAUUCAACUCCAUACGUGACAUAUGCAAUGUAUAUGCAUACAUAAUUAAAUUUAAAAAAUGUGUUUAGUGCUUAGAAGAUUAUUAACAGGUUUGCACAAAAAUCUAGUUUUUUUUUUUCCUUCAACAAUUUGAAUCUUUUAGAUCAAUUUAGAAUACAAUGUAUCGGACAGCCUGCAAAAGUACACAGA